AUGGACUUGUUCAUUCGAGGAAACGAUGCACUCAAAGCCAAUCCUCCGUAUAGUGUCGAUCAUGCCCUACCCUCAUCUGCUUCCGACUGGCUCUGGGCUGUCACUGCCAUCUUUGUUUUGACCUUUCUUGUGCUUGUAGGGCUGUGCUUCGUCGCCCACGAAAGCAAACGUGUCUUCCAUUACCUCUUCGCCAUCGUCCUUCUCGUUGGAAGUACCUGCUACUACGCUGAGGCUGCCAAUCUCGGCUGGGUACCUAUUCCCAUGCAGCGAAACAACGACACAACAUAUCAGCUGUUUUACGCCAAGUAUAUCUACUGGACUGUGUCGUUCCCCUCUCUGGCCCUAGCCUUAGGCCUUCUCGCCAACGUAUCGUGGACUACCAUCAUGUGCAACAUCGGCUCAGCCUGGGUUUGGGUCCUCACCUAUCUUGCCGCUGCACUCACACCUACCGACUACAAAUGGGGCUUCUUCGCGUUUGGAACUCUAGCUUAUGUAAUUCUCGCCAUGAGCACUACAAAUGAGAGUCACGAAGCAGCAGAGAAGAUGGGCAUUGGAAAGCACUACAGGCUGCUGUCGCUGUGGACCAACGUCCUCUGGCUGCUCUAUCCUAUUGCUUUCGGUCUGAGCGAUGGAAGCCACAGGAUCGCUGUCACAGCUGGGUCCAUCUUCUUUGGGGUCUUGGAUGUUUUGAUGGUUCCAGUGUUAACGUUUACUUUUGUCUUCCUGUCACGUAGUUGGGAUUGGAAAAGGCUGAGGCUUGCUUUUAGCGAGGUCCGUCAUUGA